GAAGAGUCCAGGCAAGGAUGCAGAGACCGGUUUUUAAACACGCGGAGCUGAGAGCAACAAGCUGCAGCCUUUAACCAUUCAGCAACAUUCAACAGGGGGUCAAGAUGCUGAUAACUGUAACGCCACCCCAUGAGUCGGCCUCCCUUCACUCACAGGCUCCGCCCCCUCCUAUUCUACCAAAGCCUGGAAUGGACAAUCUUAAAUUACAGAGACUCCUGAAAAAAGCAGCCAAGAAGAAAGCAACAUUAUCAGCACAGCAAGCUGCAUCAUUCCGGACCAGCCUCUCACCUGUGAGUGAAGCCAGCCCAGACUUGGAGCACAGCGACCGUUCUUCCCCACGGAAGCCUGCAGAAACCACAGCGCACAUCACCAUCAACCUCCCUCCCCGCUUUUCCAUCAAGCCCGUCACCCACCACGUCUCAUCUCCCUUCCCUAAAGGAAAACCCUUCACGUUCACCGCUGCAGAGCAGAGAAGCAUUUCGGAGCAUCUCAAACUCGCCAUCUCGCCCGCCCCAUCGCCAUUUCACAGACAGAGCACUCCUGAGCCUUUGUGGCAACCCAGAGGGGGGACACACACACACUUGCCCUCUUCGAGUGCCACACAUUCUGUGUUCCUUUUCCCCGAGCACCCUGUUUCCCCCACACCUGUGGUGGUGGAGACCCCAGCGGCAGUCACUCAUGUUACCGAAACACACGCCUACAUUCACAGCAUGCAGGCACUGCGGGCAAAGACCCCCGUGUUGGAACAGCCAGCAGAGUCUCCCAAGAGGCCCACCACACCUCCCCAUUUGCAGACAAAUCACUCGCACCCGCCACCAAACCAGGCGCCAGCCAUGCCCUUUGCAAGCCAAGCCAGGCCAAUUGCUCCUAGACUAGAGAUGACUCCAGUCCCUGAGCCUCCCAUAAGGACAGUGAAAACUGCAAUAUUGCAUGUCCCCAUACAGCACGUAGUGAUCACAUCCCCAACUCCUCAGUUCAGAAGGCCUGUGACUCCAGGAAGCAAUAGAGGCCUUGAACCACACGGCGAGGCCCAGAGGCAGCCAAGUCCCAGCUCCCCUCAGAAGCCCGCCAUGCCUGAGGCAGUUACAUCUGCUCCACCAGCUGUUGGCACCUGUGCUCUCUCACCAGAAAACAGGGCUGACAAGCAGACUGUAUUGCCACAGUCACCUGCAGUUUCUCCAAGCACUGCAGGCCCCCUACCAAAGCCUAAGCCACCAGUCCCUCCCAGAAGCAAACUUAGUGGCUGGUCUCGCCUCAAAAAGCACCUGGUCGUGGAGUCAGAAGAGCCUCAGUUUCCGGUCUCAGAAGCCGAGCCAGCCAAGCCUGAGCAGGUGGAAGAAAAGGCAGCGACAGAAGCCUCUCAAGAGGGCCCUGGUCAGAAAGCAACCAAGUCCAGAGCUGUCAAGAUGUGGGAUGCCAUCUUGUAUCAGAUGACCAUCAGCAAAGAGAAAAAGCAGGCAGCAGAGGAAAAGGAAGUCAGGAGCGAAGGAACGUUCUCGUUCCGGCGGCGUCUGCCCCUUCUUCUCCACAGGCCACGCUUUGAUGCCCGGAAGCUGAGAGAGCUUGCUUCCAAACCCAUGACAAAGAUUACUACCCUGUUUGAGGUGCGCCGAAUCCAAGGCCAGCCGCCCGAAGCACUGAUGAGUUUCAACAGGGCUGCAUCGGGGUGGCAACUCGAAGGGAAGCAAUGAAUGAAUCUGCAUUCCCCUUAAAGGUUUCUUUUGGAGGAUGCAUCCUGAGCUGGGAGGAGCUGAAAUAAAUACACGAGUUUGCCAAAGGAGAAAUCGCGCAAAAGGAAAAUUAAUAAAAUCCGUCACAGGGUUGCUGUUUGUGUACCUGCAUGUAGUGACCAUAAGUAAGUGAGAAAGGAACAUGAGGUGAACACCUCUUUCCCCUCAGGUCUUAUUUUCAUAAGGCAUUCAGUUUCAAGUUGAACAGCAAAUUAAAAGCGAAGGCCAAUAGUUUUAAAGGCUCUCAAAGGCAGUUUUAUACAGUUGAAUCAACUGUAUAACAUUUCUUAAUAACAAGGCAGCCCUCAGCAAUGUGCAUUUAAGGGUGCCAUAUAGUCUUUAGCUCAAACCACAGCUUCAAACCAUCACAAGGAGUUCAAACUAGAUUCAGAGCCCAAAUUCCUGGAGAUUACAAAGGACUGGUACACAGAAUGAUGUUGCCUGGCAGCCCUCCUCAGAGGCUCCAUUUCAUAAUUCCAUCACCUGGAAUUGUGCUCUGCUCUGCCCAUUCAUAGAUUCAGCCUCUCAACCACUGAUCUCAACAGCCUCCCUUUGCAGAUCCUAAUGGCUCUGGCAAGUUCAUAUAAAGAGGGUCUCCUUAAGGGACCCAAGGAUCCAAGGCAGUCAGAGGUUCCCAGGUCAGAACCAGCACAAUGAACUGCAUCCACACAGGCAGGCGGUGUAGAUCCCACAAGAACUGGCCUGUAGUAUCUUCCCUGAGCCCCAGAAGUGAUCAGGGGCAUAUUCCACAGCAGCUGCAGGUUCUACACACCCUUCAAGGGUGAUGCCAUGCAAAACGCAUUGCAAUAGAUCCAUUUGUGGUGUUAGCCGAGACAUAAGAUGACCAUGUCAAGAUCCUCGUCCACUAGGAAGUGGCACAGUAUGAGGCAAAAUAAGUUAUAUACUACAGGAAUAAAUAAUAACAAUACUCUGUCAUCUCACCAUACUGAGCCUAGCUUGUAAAAAGUCACUGGCAGUUUUCUCAUUGCCUUGAUAACCAGGUUAGGGAGAUUUGUGACAAAAGUUAUCGUUUCUAUACCUGGGCAGCCAGGCAAGUAAAAGGGCAUCGGCUGCCAACUUCCAUGAUUUAUUUCCAGGACAGCACUACUAAGCUAGCAGUAAGCCCACUGUACAAGGUCACAGAAGGACUUUAGCUGUGUACAUCUUCCUCCAAUAGAUCUUAACCAGCUCACUCUAGGGCUGCUUCCACUUUUGCAUUUACAUGUUUACCGAGAGAAUAUGGCUAUAGAUGCAGCACAGAAACCAGCCAGGGAGUCAUGCAACUCAUACAUGACUACAAGCAAGCAAGCCCACCCUGGCAUUAAAGGCACUUCUGGUCACUUUUGCUACAGAUACAGUAUUUGCAGGAUGCAAGUACUGAAAGCAACCUUGAGAAGAUGGUAGGCUGAAGUCCUCCACAAUCCAAGUGCACUGCUGCUGAUUCACACUUAAGGCCAACUUGCAGCCACGUUCCUCUGCCCCAAAGCACAGCCAAACUGUCCUUUGCCACAUGUCUACACACGUGGAAAAAGUAUACAGCAAUUUCUACCACUGGUGUGCAUGACACCUUGUCCCAACCUCUUUAGGAUCCACGUAGCACCCAAUUCCUCACAUGAGCACACAAUCACGGAUUGGGAGUGGAUUGUUUGCACCGAGAAUCAAGCGAGUUGCUUAUUGCAGUAUCUGCUCGAAAGACUAUACAUAGUUAUUGGUUUGGAGUUUUGUUUGCAUUUCAGCAGUGAAUGAUCUAGAGUUGGUUCUGGACACUAGGAUGCUAAUGUGUCCCUUUGGACUGGGAGCAUCAUCAGGAACACAGAUUGCUCUUCCUUGCCCUCACUCAUGCUUCUUUUUUUGCAGUUCCCAUACUACCUUUAGAGCUUUUGUAUGCUAUUUUAAAGCAGUUCUAGAAGAAUACUUGGGGCAAUCUGUUUUGGGAUGACCUUGUGCUUCAGCCUCAGAGCUU